AUGGAGCUUCAUGCCCUCGAUUGGUGUUCGAGGGCAUGUGCGGCCGUAAUCAACGAACGACAGGUGAAGCGCCGAAGACUUGAUUUGGUGGAAGAGAAGAGGAUGCCCAUCACCUCUUCAUUUCAGGUCAACCGGCUUCCUCACACGGCCAACUUGUCGCUGUUUGCUUCAGUUCUCCAUCCUCUAUCCAAUGAAAUACGUCCAAGCGGGUGUGGAAACAAUCGAUUUCGAAGUAUGGGAAAGAUUGUGAAUUUUGUAACUGUUUUACAUUUGCAUAUGUCAUUUAUCGUUUGUAAUGACUGA